AACAAUCGCGAAUCGACUCCCGCGCUACGGCUACAGUGACCGCGGGGAUAUAUGUGUGCAGUGAUGGUGCAUCUCCCUGGCAGGGGCGGAACAGAUGACCACCAACAUCCAUCCACAUCAACUUUUUCAAGUGAGAUAAUCAGCAUCACCACCGUCAGCAGCAGGAGCAGCACGGACAUUGACGGCCAGAGUUGAGAGCGACCGGCCGCAACUCCGCCGCAAUGUGGCCGUGUCACCAGCUCCCGUCAAGAAGAGUAGUCGGCACUCUCGUGUGGGGGGCCGUGGUGCCCCGAGCCGGGCCCUCCACGACUCCGCUUCGUACAGCCUGCUCCGUGUGCCCCCCCUGCGCGUGGGCAUGGGGGGGUCUCCGCCCUGCACCACCGCCACCGUCCCCCCCCCGGCCCGGCAGCCGGUGGAGACCACGGCUGCCGCUAAUAUCGCCGCCGCUGUGGGGCGACAGCGCGGUGGGCAUGGGUAGACACUUCUCUUCUGACUCCUCACAGGCAGCCCUUGCCAGUGUCAUCCCUGUGUUUAGCGUGAUGAAGUUCGACAAGACCGGCCUGGUGUGUUGUUUCGAGCGCCGCAAGACGGAGCUCUACACGGAGCUGGGCCUCCAGGCGCGAGACCUGCGCUUUCAGCCGCCCGUUGGCAUCUUCACCCGCAACAACCGCAUCAUCCUGCACAUGGAGCAGCUGAAGGCCGUGGUGAGCCCCGACAGCCUGCUGGUACUCGACUACCGUCACCCGAGCCUCGAGUCGUGGCUGCAGGCGGAGCUGGGCCCCCAGCUGGCGGGGGAGGGGCAGCUCGCCUCCUACUCGCUGCCCUUCGAGUUCUGGGCCCUCGAGGCCAUCCUGCAGCACCAGCUGAGCGAGCUGCAGAGCCGCCUCGGCGACCUGGAGUCGGCCAUCAUGGCCAUCCUGGACGCCCUCGUUGACCCCAAACUCCUGUCCGUCGACCGCGGGAAACUCCACCUCCUCCUUCAGAGCAGCAAGAGCCUGUCGGAGCUGGAGACGGAUGUGCGUGUGCUCAAGGACGUUCUGCUGAAGAUCCUGGACGAUGAGGAACUCAUGGAGGAGCUGUGCCUCAGCAAGUGGAGCAACCCACGUGCAUACGAGGCGAGCAGUGUGGGCAUGGACCACGCGGACGAGAUGGAGCUGCUGCUCGAGGUGUUCCUGCACGAGGCCGACGCGCUCUUCAACGCCGUGCGCGAGCUCAAGGGGCUCAUCGACGACUCGGAGAGCGUAAUCUUCCUCAACCUCGACAGCCACCGUAACGUGAUGAUGCGGCUCAACCUGCAGCUCACCAUGGGCACCUUCUCCCUGUCACUGUUCGGGCUGAUUGGCGUCGCCUUUGGCAUGAAUCUCAACUCGUCGCUCGAGGAGGACCCACGUGUGUUCUGGCUGGUCACGGGGCUCAUGCUGCUGGGGAGCGGUCUCAUGUGGAGGCGACUUCUCUCCUUCCUGGGGCGACACCUGGACCCCUUGUCUCCCCCGGCCGUGCCGUCGUUUGUGCGUCGCACGCAAAGCAAGUCUGCAGCUGCCGCCUCCUCCUCGCCAUCCCAGGCGCCCAGUAAGGCCACCCUGCCCCUGCUGCCCAGCCUGGCUGGCCAGAAGAACCCGCUGCUGCAGAGAUGAUGCUGACGUGAGGGCGCGCUGACGUGAGGGCGCACAGAUGAGCGAGGAGGACGGUGGGAAGCGCUGUCAUAGAGCCAUACUGAAUGCCGAUGACGCAGGGCCAUUGGGUACUCGGUCUCUGCUGGUGAAUGAAUGACCGAAUGCCCAUCAGGAAACGGCGCUUUGUAUUUCUCGUAAAAAAAAUUAAGCCAACAAUUAUGAGAAACUGCGGACGCAGUGGUGCACAGAUCACAAAACAUCCAAACACCCUCGUCAAAAACACUGUGGCCUUAAAAUAAAAAAAUAAAAAAAAUACGUGUUCAUUUUGGGGCAUUUUAUCAGGACUUGCUCCACAGCACAAAAAUGUGGUCAUUCUUUCUGUUUCGUGCUUUUUAUUUAACCGGUGAAGAGGGUUGUUAUUUUAUUAUUUAACCUCGUGUAUUGGUUUUCUUGGUGUGGUGGUUGGUGGCGGAUGUUUGGACACACUGAGCUGCUCCUGUCCCAGUGUCCGUGGUUGUCAUCGUCACGACCAGAGACUCGUCUGCUGUGGAUGAUGCUCGCAUUACCCAGGAUCUCGUUGGCCUCUCACGGCCUUGCUUGAACCUGACAACUAAACCCGUCGGCCGCUUACAGUGCCGGGGUUGGUGGGGCACGUCAGCACCGCGGCGACUCGAACUCGAGGUCGAACUUUGGACCGUGCAGAGAGAAUUGGCUGAGUGGCGGCCGUGGUGGGAAUUGAACAACGCCUCCGUGCUACCACUUUCCUUUGUUCCUCUUUCAGGCAUGGAGCCGAUACAUUCACAAAAUUCAAUCAGCUAUUGACAAGAGGUGUCAUUGUGUAUCAUUGAGGUGUCUCUAAAUGGAUCACCCUGUAUAUGUACGUAGUUUACAUGUAAACAAUGUUGUACUGUAUAGGUAAUAUGUGGGCAUCAUAAGUCACGUCAAAGUGUUUCACUGUUCAUGAUUGGCCCUGAGCCAGUGGUGGAAAUUCCAUAUUGCUAUGGCAAGGGCCACUUUCUACACAGGACAACGCACUGUGCAUUUUUCACGAAGUGACAAUUUUAUCGAUCAAGGUGGGAAGAUGGACUGCACUGAACCCCAACCGGGAUGUGAUCUCACCACCUUCCAAGUUGAGUGUUGAGGCACGCUCGCCGUGCGACCACAUUACCUGUGGUGUCGCGGUGUCUCCCUGCUCAAACGAGCAGUGGCUGGUGGUGCUCCUCUCCCUUGGUGGCCACAAACCAGUGGUGGAAAUUCCACAUUCCCAUGCUGGAGGACAGCCUAUUCAUAGGGCGAUCACUUUUGACUUCUUACGAAGUGCUGCCUACGUAAGUGUGUGUGUGUGUGUACCGAUGUUUGUUUCUUCAUUUGUAUGUAACAUGCAAUUCGUUAAAGCAAUAAAGGCAAUAUUUACGUAUAA